UUUAGAUCUGCUUCUAAGUAUAGUUUUUUCUAAAUAUAAAAAGAGCAGUAAUGAACAAACUUAACAACUUGUUUAAAAGAAAAAAAAAAAACAAAAAUUCUUAAAAAGAUAAUCAAUUAAACAUGAAAUCUGUGUCAACAUUUCUAUUCUCAUUAAUAAUGCUGUUAGUUGUUACUACAGCAAAAUCUUCAGAAAGAGGACUUUUCAAAAGGGCCAUUUUUCCGCCUAUAUCACCAACUAUACCUAUACCUACUCCUACAACUUCGUUACCACCUACACCACCUACACCACCUGCACCACCUGCACCACCUGCACCACCUGCGCCACCUGCACCACCACCACCUAUACCAACUGCAUCGACCCCAACAGUUACCGUAACGAUUUUAUCUACAUCCUUUUUACCAGCUGAGACUACUCCUCCUGCUCCUCAAACUACGGAAGUGCCAUCAACAACGGUUGAGGUAAUUAAAACAGUUGCGCCGGCUUCAAUUCCAACAGAUUCAGGUUCAGAUUCAUAUUACGAAGGAAAUGGUAAUUCAUUGAUUGUGGAAGGAAUUGGAAUUAAAAUGAGUAUAGCUGCUGUAUUUUUGAAUGUGUUUUACGUACUUUUUGCAUAAUAAUUUUUUAUUAGUAUAUAAUAUACACACACACACAUAUAUAUAUUCUAUAUGUUUAAAUUAAAAAUUUUUAUUAAAAAAUUGUGAUUUUUAUUAUGAAAGAGAGAUUAAAAAAAAGUACGUAUAUAAAAAAAUUAUUCUUUCCUCAUAUUUUUUUUUUUUUUAAAAAAAAAAA